GGAACUAGAGGAAAACAAGGAAGUGGACGAGCUCGUGACAUUUGUGCAGUUCAGUCCCGUUAAUUUCUGCCUGUUUUACCAGCUAAAUAAGCAUAAAAAGGACAAUUUACGCUUCCACGACAAUGGAGAGUGUACGAAAACGUAGAGGCAACAAUUUGCACAGUGCUCCGGGGCCCUCUCAGGAAAACGAACCACCCAUGAAGAGCCAGGCCUUCCACUUUGACCUGUGGUUCUGCCUGACCGUACAGAACUGGAUUCUUGACUUUGGGAGGCCUAUUGUCAUGAUCAUCCUUCCUCUGGAGUGGUUCCCGCUUAAUAGGCCCAGUGCUGGAGACUAUUUCCACAUGGCCUACAAUGUCAUCACGCCAUUCCUCAUGCUCAAGCUGGUGGAACGCAGUCCCAGGGCUCUGUCCCGGACCGCUGUCUACCUCUGCAUCAUCACCUUUGUAAUGGGCGCCAGCAUCCACCUGGUCGGGGACUCCAUCAACCACCGGCUCAUUCUGAGUGGCUACCAGCUCCACCUGUCGGUCAGAGAAAACCCAAUCAUCAAAGACCUAAAGCCGGCUUCGCUGAUUGACUCCUUUGAGCUGCUGUAUUAUUACGAUGAACAGCUGGGACAUUUGAUGUGGUAUAUUCCUUUCUUCAUCAUCUUGUUCAUCUAUUUCUGUGGCUGCUUCUCCAACUCUGAGGAUCAGAGGAAGCUUCCGGUCAGCGGUUGGCUGCUGCUGGGACCCAGCGCCCUCUACUACUGGUACUUGGUCACUGAAGGACAGAUCACAGAGCUCUUCCUGCUCACCUACGUCGCCAUGGUUGCCGUGGUGAUAGCUCGGCGCAGGAAGGGCCUGAGUCCAGACAGCAACGGGCUGUUCCUGGUGGGAGGCUUCAGCGGGACCGUGCUGCUGGUGGCUCUGUGGGUGGGCUGUCUGUGGAGCGACCCGGCGCUGAGAAACAAGUACCCCGGGCUCUUUUAUGUUCCCGAGCCCUGGUCCUACUACACUCUACAUAUCAGGAACAGCCACUGAGACCUAGUCUGUGUUUCUAAAGGCGCCAUGAAGUCGUCUUUGUUUCUAUGAACUGGCCGCUUCAGACAUGUGGAGCACGUUUCCUGUGGAUGGAAGGGACGGCUGUAUUCAAAAAGCAGCACAUCUAAAGAUCUGGCCAUUUUGUUUGACUUUAAACAGGUAGUCGGAUAAUAAAAUGUUAACGAGAAGUGCUCCUGUUUCUUAAAAAUGUCACAUCGUUGGAAGGAAACAAACUUUUGGAGUUUACUCUUGAAUAUUUGAGUAUUUCUGUGAAUUUAUGUUUGUGUUAUAUAAGGGAAAGUCUGGUAUGAUAUUUACUCUAAAGGGUAAAUCAAGCUGUGCUUCACCUAUUAGUUUUAAAUCAAUAAGAACAAAAAAUCAACAUGUUAAAAGGGUUGUCAAAUAGUUGGGAAUUUAUUUAAAGAAAAAACAACAUUUUCUACAAGAAAAAAAGAAGAAAUUACCUCAAAGAAUCUGUUUAAUCAGUGACUUAAUCCUCUAGCUUCUAUUUUUUAAUAGAAAAAGAGAGAAAGACAUUAAAGACAUAACUGGUCAACUUAGAGAUCAUAGGUCAUACAUAUCACUCAGCUCAUGGUCAGUAAAAAUAUAUUUAUGACAAACUCUAAAACAGGAAGUGAGAGCCACCUUGUUUGUUAGGCACCAGCUGUGCAUGUGUGUGAGGACACACAACAGAAGUACACAACAGUUCCAGCCCAUUCGUGUGCGGUUAUGAAACCGUCUGCAUUAAUCCGGAGCUCUAACAGCCGGCGUCUGCCCGGCAGAUGUUCAUGUUUGUGACAGCCAACAUCUGGACCUGCCUCAGAGUUGAUGUUUCAGCACAAUUCUCACUUUGAACAAACACAUUCUUGGCUCAAAGCUGGAAGUGCAACGUCUGAGACAUCCUCUUCGUAUCCUGUUUUUUUUUAAAUCAAAUAAAGGUUCAAUUAACCAAAAUAUUCUGAUAAAUUCAGUGUCUGAGGAUAAAUAAAACUUUGUAAAAAGUAAUAACUAUUAUCUUUUCCCACCGAAAAAAAAAGUUAUCUGUCAAGAGUUUAAUUUUCUUGAUUAGAAUUGCAUUUAAGCACUCAAUUAAUUUUUUUGUGGUUUCUGAUUGUGCAAAACAAGAGAUGCAGAGAAUAAUUAUUCCCUCUCAAAAAUAACUGUAUUCAAGUGUGAGUCUGGCUGUAUGUUUGUGACCUCGCUUACUUUUUCUGAGACUGAAGGUCUUUUCAUACUCCUCUUCAAAUAAGUUAUUGAUGUUUAUGUGCACACAAAAACACUAUAUGAUGCUCCUUAUCUUAUCAGCUCAGAUGUUGAAAUCAGACACACACACACAAUUAUUGUCUUACAUCUUGCUAUUUGGUAUGAAUUUAGGUUAAAAAAAAAACAAAGGAAGAACCAUUAAAUCACAAUGAAUACCUUUGAAACACAUGAGACAAAACCUGGAGACAUUAAACAUUAAAAAGUUAGUGCUCAGUGAACACUAACCCUAUAAAGUAAACCUCUUAACAUAGUAUCUUCCGGGGGCUAGAUUUAGAUGUUUCUGACACAUACUGAGCUCUGCUUUUAUCAUAUUACAAAAAGUGACAAAACUUCAAAACUAUUAGAUAAAUUUAACUUUUUCAUUUGGAAACACUGGACAGAUCUUAUAUUUACAUACAAGAAAUGGGUUGGUAAACUUGUACUCAUGACCCCUCCUGUGAAAAAUUAUGAAUUAUUCAGUUUACACUCACUGAUAAAUUACAGAGAAACGUCUUCUUUCUCAUACAAAGGGGUCAUUUUUAGAAUAACAGACAUUAGCUGUGACUCAGAAAACAAACAGCACUGUCAUCAGUCAGUCAUUGAAGUUACUUUUGUUGUUCUGUGUGUGUAUCACUUGGUUUGACCAAAUAAGUGUUGAAGUGUUUCCUCAUGGUCCUGUUGUGUGGUCAGUUUUGUCCAGAUAAGUUACAGAAGCUAAAUCGGCUGUUAAGGAACACUGAUCACAUCACUUUCUUUUCACUUAAAUCAUGUUUGCUUGACCUCUUUUAUGGUUAGUAUUUGUUUUUUCAUUUCUUUCUUCUUUAUUUUUUAUUUUGAGUUAUUUUGGUA